AUUUGGAUAAAAUAUCUAUUAGAUUUGCAUUUUCUUCUUCCCCAAUCUUGCGCCGCCCUCUCCCGAUCGCCCACCUCGCGUCGUCGUCCCGUCGAUUGGUGCCACUCAACCGUCGCCAACCGUUCGAGCGAGACUCACCGGCGACGCAGCAGCCGUCGCGGGAGGCGACGCUGUCGGCCUGAGCGAGAAUCCCGAUUCCUCUUCAUCGCUUGUUCUCGAUCUUCGCUGUCGCCUGAUCACGCCGGUGCCGCCUGAUCGCGCCCGCGCCAUUGGAUCCAGCUAUCGGCAGUGCGAGAGCCGCCGUCUCCCUUUGUUCCGAGCCGGGGCCGCCAUUUUGACCUAGAAACGCCGAUUGCCUCUUCCUCGACCCCUCUGCUUCUGUCGACGAGGAUCAGUUCUAGCACCAGCUCACUGUGUGCCGGCGUCUCUUGACCUAGCGCCAUCACCAGCCUCUGUUUGCUUGCUACCGUCGCCGGAGAAGAGAAAAGUUAGUGGAAGAUUGGUAUGCAAUUGCUUGGUUCCAGCCAACACAACUCCAGCCAUUACUGUUCGUCGGCGAUCCACAUCUUCCGAUUGUGAACCCCUCCGGCCAUUAGGCACUACGGAUUUGAGUUUUGAUUCGAUUUGGAGCAGACUCUUGGACAUGAGGAUAUUUAGCGUGACUUACAUUUUAGGCCGUCUCAUUGUUAUCCAUGCUAUUAUGAUCGAGCAAUAGACGGAGAAGAGGAAGAGGCGACGAUGAGUAUCGUCCCGAAGGAGACGAUUGAGGUGGUUGCGCAAAGCAUUGGCAUCUCUAACCUCUCCCCUGAGGUCUCUCUCGCUCUCGCCCCCGAUGUUGAGUACCGUCUUCGGGAGAUCAUGCAGGAGGCAAUAAAGUGCAUGCGCCACUCUAAAAGGUUGGUCUUGACGGCUGAAGAUGUGGACAGUGCACUCAGUCUGAGGAAUGUCGAGCCUAUUUAUGGAUUUGCAUCAACUGAUCCCUUGCGGUUCAAGAGGGCAGUAGGGCACAAGGAUCUGUUCUAUCUUGAUGACAGAGAUUUGGAUUUCAAGGAGGUCAUUGAUUCACCAUUACCCAAAGCACCACUUGAAACUGCUGUUGUGGCUCACUGGCUUGCUAUUGAAGGGGUGCAACCUGCAAUUCCUGAAAAUUCUCCUGCUGAAGCAAUUGUAUCCCUGUCUGAAAAUAAGAAAUCUGAGAACACCAAAGAAGAUGGACUUCUUGUUGAUCUCAAACUGCCUGUUAAGCAUGUAUUAUCUAGGGAGCUACAGCUCUACUUCGACAAAAUUACUGAGCUUACAGUUACAAGACCUGAAUCCAACCUUUUUAAAGAAGCUUUAGUGAGUUUAGCAAUGGAUUCAGGAAUUCAUCCGUUGGUUCCAUACUUUUCCUACUUCAUUGCAGAUGAGGUUGCUCGGAGCUUAAAUGAUCUUCCUAUCUUGUUUGCUUUAAUGCGUGUGGUUCGAAGCCUUCUCCAAAAUCCACACAUUCACAUAGAACCAUAUUUACAUCAGUUGAUGCCAUCAAUUAUUACAUGCGUCGUUGCCAAAAGGUUGGGGAGUAGAAUAACAGAUAACCACUGGGAACUCCGUGAUUUCUCAGCAAAUCUAGCUGCAUCAGUGUGUAGAAGAUAUGGUCACGUGUACCACAAUCUUCAGUCACGAUUGACGAAGACAUUGAUUAAUGCUUUUCUUGAUCCUUCUAAAGCACUCACACAACAUUAUGGUGCCAUUCAAGGGCUUGCUGCACUGGGACCAAGUGUGAUAUGUCUUCUUGUUCUGCCAAAUCUUGAGCCGUAUUUGCAACUUUUGGAGCCUGAGAUGCAACUGGAAAAGCAGAAGAAUGAGAUGAAAAGGAAAGAAGCUUGGCGAGUAUAUGGUGCUUUACAGUGUGCCACUGGUAAAUGUUUGUAUGACCGGCUGAAGAUGAUGCCUACCUUGUUAUCUCCACCGAAACAAGGUGUGUGGAGGAUUAACCCACGGAUUGCAACAAGCAUGAUCAAGCGGAAGUUGAGCACCAAUAACUCAUCGCAGCAGCCACCCUUCAAGAAGAUGGCAAUUGAUGGACCAGCAGGCACAAUACAGGCUAUUGCCACAACAACAGCCACCCUGCAAGGAGCAGAGGAUGGGUUUGCUCCACCAUCAUCUGGUGCUGGUACAGGGCAAUCUUCUGCACCAGGUCAGGUAUCGAUUGAUUCAAUUGGCAGUAGAAGAGAGAUGGGCGGCAGCGGAGCACCCAAGGGUUCAGCGGUUCUGGCCCAAGCUUGGAAGGAGGAUCUCGAUGCAGGAAACCUCCUAUCGUCACUGUUUCAGUUGUUUGGGGAAGGCAUAUUGUCAUUCACUCCGUCACCGGAGAAAUCUUUCUUUCUCUAGCUGUGUUAAUUGAUCUAAUAGGGUUUCCACCCGCAAUUGAAAGAUGGUGUGUAUUAUUUAGUGUUUUGUAACAAUAGAUGUAAUGGAUCUACCUUUGUUAGAAGCAAACUGUUCUUUUGGGGUUCCUUUGGUCAAUGUUCAAACUAUCAGUUUUUGAAUCAGUUUUGUUUACAGAUCGGA